AUGUAUGAAAACUCUACCGGUACCAGUAAUGCAGCCAUAGCCAGGUUAAAUGGUGUAUUACCGGUAUCGACCAGUGAUGAUAGUAUCAAGGUAGCUGGGGAGACCUUCUUCGUGAAACAAAUCAAAGACAUCGAGAAAAAGCAGGAGAAGGUCCUUGAUGAAAUUAGGCAAACUAUACCUAAUUUCGUCUCCCACGCCUAUGCCGACUUGUCCACUGAAACUGCCCAGCUCUCCAUUGGAUUGUGGGAGGAUUUCGUUCAACGAAAAAAGCUGCUUUUCAAAGGAUGUUAUAUAUGGAAACCUACAAGCUUUCAAGUACAAAGCUUGCAGGUCAACAUAACAAGGCCCUUGGAAAGUAACGAAAACUCCUGGAUGACCUCUUGGACAUAUACAACCAGGAAUUUCGCCACUGAAAUCUUUAUCAUAAAGGAAGGUAUAACUACUGCUACCUUCCUGGAUGGAAGAAGCCCAUUCUCGGACAUCGAUCUCCAUCCUAUGACUGAACCAUGGUUGUGCGGGAGGAACGAUAACGAGAAAAUUAAGCUCCUAAAGCUGAAACAGGGCAAUAAAUGGAGAAGUCACUCAAUGCGAUACUUAAUGCUGAUUGGAGUCAGCCCUCCUAUCAAUUUUGCUUCUGAACCCCAGUCUGACACCGCCAGCCUCCUUGAUCCUAUCGUUGCUUGUGAAGAUGAAGAUGUUGACGAUGAAGAAGAUGUGGCACUGGUGUUUAAAGUGAAUAAGCUUAAAAAUUAUGGUUUGUUUUCUUCAUGGAUCAAUAAACGCCCAUAUUUUCAGACGUGCUCAUGA